GCUUACGGCUCCUGUCCGUCUUCGACCUUUGGAAGGCUUCAAAUUCCCGGUCUACCCACCUGAGGUUGACGCUGGUGUCUGCUGUUGCUGCUGUGUUUCUGUUCCUUCGCAUUGGUGUCUUCUCUUCUCUUGUUACAUUUUUGGCCUCGCUUCUUCUCUUGAUUGUCUUUCAUCAAUGUUGUCUGUAUCCGCUUAUUGCAAGUCCCUGUUGUCCUGCCUGGCAUAGAAUUCUCGGGCUUUCGUAUUCUUCGCUGGAGUUCGAGCUUCUCUUUGCGCUGGAGCACUUUCACCUUUCGGGCUAAAGGCGAUAAGACAUGGCUCCCAGCAUGCAACCCCCGAACAUCUUCGACGACUCCACCCGUACUCCUACUAAGCCGUCCGUCCUGCGAGCGAUUUGGUCCUCCAAGGCUCACAAACGGACUUCAUCUGCGGAUGAUGUCCUGGCUCCCCGGGCCGUCGAUAAAAGUCAGCCCCGUGGCAACCCGUUCGCGCCUCCAGUCGAUGGACCAUACACCACUGCGGAUCAACAGCCACUGGCAGAAAUAGCCCCCAACCGGGAUGCAGCAGACGUUAGUUCAACCCAGAGAUCACCUGGAAAGCAAGGGAAACACACUCUCCACAAAAAGACAAAGAGCGCUGUCUCACUGAAAUCUUUGAAGAGCUAUAUGGAACGCAAGGACAAGUCGGAUGAGACGCCGGAUGACGAAGCGGCGAACUUUAAGCCGAAGAAAGCGAAGUCCGCCAACAGUCUCUCAGCCAUCUUGAAGCGAUCCCAACGCGGAAGAAAAGCGGAAAAUUCGAAAGGUUCCAGGGACAAAGAGAACCGCAGCCCAUCGGAUCCUGUCGACAGCAUGCCCUCUACCGCAUGGAGUCAAUACCCGACACCGUCGUACCACGAUCAACCUGAAAUUACCGGUUCCCCGCACAAACCUCGGACUUUACAGGAGGAAGUUUCCCUCUACACACCGAGGGAGUAUGGUCCAGCGCUCCAGCGCAAUUUCUACGACUACGAUCGACCGUCCCUCAGAACACGCGGAGACCCAAAACCUCGUCCGAAAUCAGACUACCUGGCGGGAAAUCGCAAGGCACAGGAGCUCAUGGAUCCCAUUGAGAGUAUGUCGUCGAAUAAGCUGGCUCCGGUCAACCCGCCAGAGUCUGCAUCGAAGAAGAAGGGAAGACCCCGGGCAUUGUCCAGGCCGGAAUAUCAUCCUCAGGUGGAGGCCAGGCCAGAACAAAGCCCGAAAAGAGUCUCUCGCGUUCAAGCAGCAAUCUCGGCAUUCAAUGCGAAAGAGCAGCAAGUCGAGCUGCAGAAACGCCUGAAUGCCAAGGAUCUGGAAAGCGAGUUUGAAAAACUCCUGGAUGCACGAAACAUCCCGCACAAUAUGAGAGAUAAGAUGAGGUCGUUGGAUACCAACAUCAAAGCAGACUUUAUCCGCAAGGAUCGAGCGGAGAACACGACGCCGCACAGUGCUGGUGCUAGUGCAACCGAUAGCACUGGCCGUCGGGGACGAAAGAAGGAGGCAAAAGAGGACCGACAAGGUCAAGACAGCAAAGGAUCGCGCUCACGAUCCCGCAGUCGAGGCUUUACGUUCUCCAAAGGCAGCUCGUCGCCCAAAAAACAACGUCCCGACAGCGGGAGCUUUUACAGACGUCCCAAAUCCGCUGACUAUUCGCAGCCCACAGGAUUCUCCAGGACCGGAACGCCAUCCGCUUCCACCACCUCCCUUGCUGCGACAGCUUGCGAUACCGCCGCCGAUCCGUCGGACUUUGUUCACUAUCUGAGGGAGAUCCAGAAACCAGAAAUGGUCGAGAUUGGGAAAAUGCACAAACUUCGGCUCCUCCUCCGGAAUGAAACAGUCAGCUGGGUUGAUACAUUCAUUGCAGACGGUGGUAUGGAUGAGGUUGUGCAGCUACUCUACAGGAUCAUGAAGGUCGAAUGGAGGGAAGAGCAUGAAGACAACUUACUUCACGAGACUCUGUUGUGUUUGAAAGCUCUCUGCACAACGUCCAUCGCGCUUCAACACCUCACCAACAUCGAAGAGCAGCUGUUUCCUGCACUGCUGAAAAUGCUAUUCGAUGAAGAGAAGAAAGGCCCCAGCGAGUAUACCACCCGCGGGAUCAUCAUGAAUCUCUUGUUCACGCAGCUCUCCAUGGUAUCAUCCGAUGAGAUGGCAGCCAGGCGUGCUUCCCGGAUUUUGUCCUACCUGCGCGACCCUGUGCCCCCGGAAGAGAGCCAACCGCUGAGUUUUAUCGCCAACAUAUACCAAUCACGGCCUUACCGCAUCUGGUGUAAGGAAAUUACCAAUGUCACCAAAGAAGUGUUCUGGAUCUUCCUGCACCAUUUGAAUGUGGUCCCAAUCUUGAAAGAUGAUAAGCCUGGUACGACUUUCCGGGAGCGUCAUUUUCCCGCCCCCCGGCCCCCAGUGCCCGCUGCUCCAUAUGUCGGUGGAGUUGAAUGGGAUGCCACCAACUAUUUGGCAGCGCAUCUCGACCUUCUAAACGGGCUGGUGGCGUCCUUGCCAACGAUCGAAGAGCGCAACCAGCUCCGAGCUGAGUUCCGCGCCUCGGGAUUUGAGAAGGUCAUGGGCGGUACUAUGAGAACGUGCAAGGAGAAGUUCUACUCGUCGGUGCACGAUUGCCUGAAGACAUGGGUUGCUGCAGCUGUGGAUGAUGGGUGGCCAUACAUAUCGGUCCGCGAAGGACCUCCCCGGCCUGAGCCUGGAUCGCCGACAAAGUCUCCGAUCAAGACACCGGGAAGCCCCAGGAAGGGGGUGUUGGACGAGCAGCCUCCCAAGCUGGAACUUGCGCUGGAUGUCCCUGCUGGUAGUGGGGUGUCUCAAGGUAAUGGCCUUGGAAAUUGGCUGUAGAUAUGUGCGCGUGCCUGAGAGAACGUUUUCACCAGGACACCGCUGGAUUCACCCGGACUGGUGAUCGCGUGGCAUGCGAUGUUGACACGGCGUUAUGAAAUUUAUUGGUUUGUGUUGUUGUUUUCUUGUCUAUUCGUUACUCAUUACUAUGAUUUGGAUUCGGGAUGGACGGCGUUGGCAUUUCCGAGGUGUUUUGGGUGCAUCUAUCCGUCAGUUGACGGCGACGGCGAAACGAAUCACGACGGCACAGGCCCGACCUGACGAUAUUGACGUUCUUUGAUUGCAUGUCAGGCCGAUCAUUCUUUUUGGACAGAUGCGUUAUAGCAGGCCGGCGAUGUGGCCGUGGAUAUGCUUAGUUACAGGAGCGGUUUUCGCUGUCAUUAUAUUCAAUCAUAUGGUGUUGUACAGGUACUGUGUGCGCGAACUAUGUAGCUGAAGCGGUCUAUGGGUAUCGCAGCCAUUGGACUAUUC